AUGGGCUACCAGGGUGAUGGACUACUCUGCGAAGACAUUGAUGAAUGUCUCAGCGGCCUACACAGUUGUCAUCCUAACGCCCACUGCAACAACACCCUGGGCAGCUACAGUUGUGUCUGUCUUAAUGGAUAUAUUGGAGAUGGCACCAACUGCCAGGAUAUCGACGAGUGCCAAAAAGAAAACGGGGGCUGUCACACCAAUGCCCUGUGUAGUAAUUUUGAGGGCGGAAGACAAUGCCUGUGUGAAGUCGGCUUCAAGGGAAACGGUUUCCAGUGCACUGAUAUAAAUGAAUGCACUAACCAAAAGAUUUGCCACUGGAAUGCAACAUGCACCAACAAUCCUGGAUCUUACGUGUGCACUUGCAAUCACGGCUAUAAGGGCAAUGGAAACUACCUAUGUCUUGAUAUAGAUGAAUGUUCAGAGACUCCACGUGUGUGUUCGUCCUCACUUGGAUACAAAGGCUGUAAAAAUAUGCCUGGCACUUAUCGCUGCACAUGCAGCAACGGCUUUGAAAGUGACGGGCAGAGCUGUGUGGACAUUGAUGAAUGUGCGAGUAACAUCUGCAGUCUAUAUGCAGACUGUGUCAACAUCAUUGGUUCAUACCAAUGUACCUGUGACAGUGGUUUUGUCGGAAAUGGCCUGACAUGUGUUGACAUAAAUGAAUGCAAUGGAAAUAAUGGAUGUGACCCCAAUGCUAUUUGUAUUAACAGGCUGGGAGGUUAUGAGUGCUCUUGUCCAGAGGGUUUUGAAGGAGAUGGAAAACUGUGCAACGAUAUUAAUGAAUGUUCAAUACUAGACAUCUGCCCUACCACCACUAUCUGUAUCGUUGCAGCCCCUACUCUCUAUGCACCAAUUCGCCAGGCUCCUUCACAUGUCAGUGUGCAGUAG